AUGGGAGGUUUUUUGAAGUAUUUGAACCCGGACAUAAGAUUUAUCUCUAGAAAUACUCAUGCCUCGGAUGUGAUGAAAAUGUAUGAAUGUGAAAAAGAAAAAUUAAAGAUAAGAUUGAAUAGUGUUCCUGGAAUGUUGUGCUUGACUAGUGAUCUUUGGACUGCUUGUACUAAUUCAGGAUACAUUUGUUUGACUGCACAUUUUGUGGAUGAAGAAUGGUUGAAAGUAGCUAGUGAUGCUUUAGAUAAAGUUAGAGCGAGUAUCAAAUAUGUUAAAGCAUCAGAAGCUAGAAUGAUCAAGUUUAUGGAAUGUGCAAGAAAAGUUGAUAUUGAAUUUACUACUUCAUUGUGCUUGGAUGUGCCUACACGUUGGAAUUCCACAUAUUUGAUGCUUGCUAGUGGAAUUAAAUAUCAAAGGGCUUUCUCUAUGCUUGAAUGUGAUGAUUUAGCUUAUAAGCAUUGUCCGACAGAAGACGAGUGGGAAAGAGGAAAAGCGAUGUGUGAAUUCUUGGAGCCAUUUUAUGAUAUUACUACUUUAAUUUCUGGUUCAUCCUAUCCUACUUCCAACUUGUACUUUAUGGAAGUGUGGAAUAUUGCGCAUUUGUUGGAGAAGAAUUCUAGAAGUCGUGAUGAAGUGGUAAAGUCUAUGUGUCUUAAGAUGCAAUCAAAGUUUGAGAAAUAUUGGGAAGAGUAUAGUGAUAUUCUUUCCAUGGGGGCCAUGUUUGAUUCAAGGAUGAAGCUGAAACUUGUGGAGUAUUGUUACUCAACACUUGAUCCUCUUUCAAGUGAGGACAAAAUCAAUAGGUUGAAGACGAAAUUGUAUAUUCUAUACGAUGAGUAUAAGAAAAAAGGUGAUGAUGCAUCUUUGUCUAAAGUUUCUCAACCUAGUGGAAGUUGUAAUUCAGAAGUUGGAGAAUCUAAAUUCAUGGAAGGAGUAAGAAGACAAGAAGUGGGAAAAUUGAAAAUGAAUCCUAAUGUGUUUGCUGCAUAUAGGAGUUACAGAGGUGCAACUUCGGAAGCAAAGUCAGCAUUGGAUGUAUAA